AUGAGAUUUUUGGAGCUUGAUGUUCACCUGAUGGAGCUCAGUUAUGACCUUGAUCAAGUCACCUAUCCCUCCAUGCCCGCCGGAGAAAGGAACACCUUUGAUGCCCGAGAGGAGACCUUCCCUCCAUAUAAGUUUACAGCCAAGACUGCCUUCCUGUUUAUCUUACCUCAGUAUAACGUUAGCGUGCCUACAGCAGAUGGGGAGCUGGUCCAGUAUCACUAUGGGCUGAAGGAUCUGGUCACCAUCCUCUUCUACAUCUUCAUCGCCAUCAUCCUGCAUGCGGUGGUGCAGGAGUAUGCCCUGGACAAAAUCAACAGGCGUCUCCAUCUCUCCAAGGUCAAACACAGCAAGUUCAAUGAAUCGGGACAGCUGGUCGCCUUCCACCUCACCUCCAUGAUUUGGUGCUUGUACGUCGUGGUGACGGAAGGAUACAUAUCAAACCCCCGGAGUUUGUGGGAAAACUACCCGCAUGUUUAUCUUCCGUUCCAGGUGAAGUUUUUCUCCCUGUGCCAGCUGGCGUACUGGCUGCACGCCCUGCCAGAGCUGUACUUCCAAAAAGUUCGCAAGGAGGAGAUCCCCCGCCAGCUGCGGUGCAUCGCGCUCUACCUGGUGCACAUCGCCGGCGCGUACCUCCUUAACUUAACCCGCUUGGGGCUGAUCCUCUUGCUGUUGCAGUACUUAGCUGAAUUCUUCUUCCACCUGGCCCGGUUGGUCUACUUCACGGAUGAGAACAACGAGAAGCUGUUUAAUGUCUGGGCUGUCGUGUUUGUGGUCACCAGGCUCUUCACCCUCACCCUGUACAUCCUGGUCAUCGGCUUUGGGCUGCCGCGGGUGGAGAACCAGGCCCUCGACCCCGAGAGAGGGAACCUCUUCAGCUUUCUCUUCAACAAUAUCGUCUUCAGGUAG